ACCACACUCGAAACAAAAACGUGGUAAAAACCGAUAUCAAUCCUAUCAAACCCUAACACACCUCCCCCAAAUCAGAAUCAAUACAUACAGCCCCGCCUAUAUAUAAUUAUUCCCCUCUGUUCAAUAGCCUCCAUCAAACACACACACACACACACACUUUUAUUCUCUCUUUGUGCAAUUGGAUUGUGAAUGGUAGAAAUCUUAAGUAAUUGGUUGAUGAUCUCCCUCUUCCCUUCAAGGGGGGUCUCUGUUGUUUUCUCUUUCGGUUCUUGCAAAGAAGGCUGGUACUUUCGCUGCAUCGGUGUUGACCCCUGAGAUCUCUAACCCCUUCUCACAAUCUUUCGUUUUUCCUUUAAAGUUGGGAUCUUUUUCGCAUAAUCAAACAGCCCUUUUGUUGAAUUUUUGUUAUUGCUUGUUAAUUUCUUGUUUUUGAUAAUUGCAAAGAUGUUGCUUUCUAAGCAGAAGAAGAAUGAUAAGGGGAAUAGGUUGUUGGUGAGUAUUACGGUUAUGGGGAGUGCUGGCCCCAUCCGGUUUGUUGUUAAUGAGAAGGAGCUUGUAGCUAGUGUUAUGGAUACUGCUCUUAAGUCUUAUGCCCGUGAGGGGAGAUUGCCGCUUCUGGGAUCCAAUCUUGAUCAUUUUGUACUAUACUGCCCCAUUGCUGGCACUGAAGCUUUGAGCCCAUGGGAAACAAUUGGCUCAUUUGGGGUCCGAAAUUUUAUGCUGUGCAAGAAGCCAGGGGUGGACAAGGUUAUCGACAACGGAAAGCAAGCGGGAGAUGCAACAAUUACUAGGAAGGGUGCUGGCAGCUGGAAAGCAUGGUUCAACAAGUCUCUCAAUCUUAAGAUCUCUUCCCAUUGAAUUGAGACAAGUUAUUGGAUAGUGGAGCUGGUGUUUGAAGUUUAUUCAGUUUUAUUUAUUGUUAUUGGCUACAAUUUGAAUUUCUUCUCAAAGAUUGUUCAUGUUCUUUCGAGUAAUGUCAGAACUGUUGUCUGAGUAACAACAUAUGUAAACCUUCUGAGGUUUCGUUUUCCAUUAUUAAAUAAAAUUUGCCCACUAUGGCCUUUGCUGCCUUUGGUUUA